GGAGCGAAUUCGUGAAAUUUUUGGAGGAAACUUCAGGACUUCGAAGUAUUUAACUAAAUAGAAAAUCGAAUAUGAAUUCGAUUUUGUUUUAUGUUAUGAAGACCGUUUGGAUUUUGUACGUGAUUUUUUCGAAUGUUGCGGCUAAUAAUGCGGAUAAAACCGAUACGAAAUGUGAAAUCGAUCGAUGUCGUAAUUUGAAAACUGUAAAUCAAAAUGUUAAACCUGUUUCGAUGGUAACACAUUCUUGGAUGUCGUCGAAAGACGCAACAGAUACGGUCAGAAAUGGAAAAAUCACAAAUAAAAAUAUCACAAAGUACUUUACUGGAAAUUCCGAAUUGCCUUUUCUCGAAAUCCCCAAGGGAGACGAUAUGCGCAUUCAAGAAUUAAGACUGGAUGAGGAGUAUUUGAUAUUCGGAGCGUUUUCCAUUCUAAUGGGGUUUUUACAACCCCCCGGAUUUCCUCUAGAUUUGCUUCGCGAAACCCUCAACCAACGUAUACCACGAUAUCUAUUAAUUUUACAGGUCUUUAAAAUGGAUAUAAUAUUUGUCGUCUGGAUUAUAAUUUGGAUCGUACUGUCGUUAUGUCUUCCAAUAGCUACAAUCACCCAAGUUUUUUGUCAUAAAGACGUUCAACGUUUAGAAGAAGUUUCUUCCAUUGGACCCCUCCGAUUCGUUGAAAAAUGUACAAAACGUUUCUUGGGAUAUUCAUUGCAUGUACUGCUAUUUUUAUUAAUUCCUACGAUCGUCAUGAUUCUUGCUGCCAACGAACAAAUCUCAAAAUCGAUCACGAAGUUUCCUCUAGCGACAAAUAUCUUUUACGAGGACGUCAACGCGUUCGUACGUAAUACUCAAAUGCAAAUAUCUUUUGUCGUAUCCUCUUCUUUCGAUAUAGCGAUUAAAGACAUCAAAAACGAUAUGGAAGACGUAACGGAUCUUCUUGGACAACCGUAUCAACAAGAGCUCGCCGUCGAAGCCGGGAUCGAUUUAGCAUUGAUAAAACUUGACGAACUAAGACUGAUCACGUCGAAGGUAACAUCAUCGGUAUCGAAUGUUUUGUUGGAUUGCGAAAACGCUAAAAUUGCUACAAAUAUAUUACGAGAAAAGUUGGAUGAAAUUUCGCAUCAAAUAAACGUAGCGAUUCAACGAUGUAAUUCCAAAGAUAGAAUCGUUUGUUAUACUUUACAAAACACCGGAUUCGAAGUGAUUUUCACCGUACAAAACAUAACAGACGAUCCUAAAAUUAAACAUUUGGAUACAUUGUCACGAGAAGACGCUUUCAAUAUUAGCAUAGAUAAAGUUCGGAAAAACUUUGACUCAAUUCCAGAACAAAUCGUUUCAGAGACAACUUCCUAUAUAAAAGACGCGAGGGCCAUUCUCAACAGGAAAAGAACUCGAGUGAACAAAUCAAUUCAUGCUUUAGACGUCCUAGCGAGGUCCUUGUCAGAUAUGAUGUCACUUAACCAAAAAUCCAUUUCAACAGCCGUGCACGACAUCAUCAAAUACGAUUUCUGGAGAUGGGUAACUAUUCUCGGUGUAACUUUUUCGAUUUCGGUUGUAUGGGGUGUGAUUUUAUGCGGAGCGCCGUGCGGAUGUGGCCUUACUUCGAAAACAACGACAUUCUUAAUAACCGGUGUCGGUAUUUCUAGUUUCGCCGUUUUAUUAACGUGGGCGAUGGGAUCGUUUUCGGCAUUAAUAGGUGGUCAUAUUAAAUGUUUAAUAUGUAAACCUCUAUACGAUUCACCAAAUUAUACAGUAUUAGGAAAAUUAUUUGAUACCGAAGGUAUAUUGUAUAAAAAAAGUAUUUUCGAAGAUUUUACAGAUAAUAACGAUACUAUCGAAGUGAAUAACGUUUUGAAGCAUUGUCAAAUGGAUUACACGGUGUACCAGACAUUUCACUUAAAUAAUACGAUAAAUAUCGAUGAAAUUGUAAACUACAAACAAUGGGAAGAUCUGUCGGUUUUAUUUACGAAUUUCACACAAGGAAAAUGUAAUUUUGAGAUACUCAGUCCUAAUCUACUACUCAAUUUACAAGGGUUGUUAAACGCGUCGACGGUAAAUUUAACUUCGUAUAGGAUGCAAACGUCAUCUUCAAUAACGAAGAAAGAUCUAAAUACAUUCGCCGAUCAAUUGAAUCAUGUGGCGAGACAAAUAACGGACGCCGGUAGUUCGAGGAAGAUCGAAAACGUCGCGUUCGCAAUUAGGAAAAUCAUUCGGAACGAAAUGAGAAAUUUGUUGGAAAUCAGAAAUGGGAUUUUGUAUAAAAUAACCGCUUUGGAAGUUAUGAUGCCGUCUUUGAAUGAGCGAGUCGUUGAUUCGUUGGAACAUUUGAAAAAAGUACAGUACCAUCUCGAUACGGGGGGAUCACAAAUUGCGGAAAAAGUUAGGACUCUGUUCGUUAAACGAUUGACUAGAUACUUGGAGGAUCUUUUCAAUUACGUCAGGAAAAAAGUAACUAAAGAAAUAGGAAAGUGUCGGCCGCUUUGGGAAAUUUUUCACUCUAUUCGUUUCUACGUUUGCAAGCUAAUUGCAGAUCCGAUGAAUGCCAUCGCCUUUUCAAGUUUUUUCGUAAUUGUAAUUUUCCUCGCACUAGCCCCUGUAGUAUUAAAUAUAAUAAAUCAUUAUAAAACAUCCGAUUGCGGUUCAUCUUCUUCGUCCCAAAGUAACGGUUUAUUGGACGAAGUAAACGUUUGGGUUUCUCCGGUCUCUGGAACUCCUCCAGAGAUGCAAUUAGUUGAAAGUGUAGCACCUGUACUCUACGAAACAUCCACUAAUGCAACAUGGAGGAGCCCUACACCCCCCAGACCUCCUACUAUUUCGUCGCGUAUACAAUCAAUCAGGAUACCGCAGAUUUCAACAAUAUCAAAAACGAGUAAAAUGUCAGCAAUCUCAUCAAGGAUAUCAAAAACGAGAUUUUAAUCAUCGCUGCUUUGAUAGCCUUCGUUAACGCGGGCAUCUACGGUGAAUCUCCUCUUGCAGCUCUAUCAACUGGUCCAGUGGUAUCGGCAUAUUCCUCACCGUUAACAUCGUAUUCUGCUCCAGUUACAGCUUACUCCGCACCGAUUUCCGCUUACUCGGCAUAUCCAACAACAAUAUCGACAUAUUCGGCACCAAUUUCAACAUAUUCUGCUCCAAUAUCCAAAUCGGUUGUCAGUACUUAUACCACACAUGCUGCUUCUGCUCCAAUUGUAGCUAAGGCGAUCGCGGGUCCGGUAGUUUCGAGUUAUGCAUCUCCGGUUGUAACUAGGAGUUAUGGAGCUCCACUUGCUUCGGUUUAUUCUGCUCAAUCCACUCCAGUUUAUGCUGCGCAUGCUCCAAUUUUCUCCGGUUAUUCCACUCCGUGGUAAUCUUUAAGUUUAAAUGUUUAUAUUGAUAAUAAUUAUAUUUGAUUUUAAAUGAUUAAAAUGUAUUUAAACUAAAA